AGAACAUGUUGCAGUCUCUACCAAAGAAGCUGGAACAUGUUGCAGUACUCUCAAGAAAUGGAGACUCUCUAUUUCAUCCUUCUCCUCUUUGUCCCCAUCAUUCUCUCCCUCGUUGCCAUAAUUUACAAGCACAGAUACCACGAUAAACUCCAAAACCUUCCUCCAGGCAAUCUAGGCCUCCCUUUUGUGGGAGAGAGCCUAGAUUUCCUGUCAAAAGGAUGGAAAGGUUGCCCAGAAAACUUCAUAUUCGAUCGCAUUCGGAAAUAUUCAUCAGAAAUAUUCAAAACAAAUCUUUUUCUCCAGCCUGUAGUGAUGUUAAAUGGUGUUGCCGGAAACAAGUUCUUAUUCUCCAAUGAGAACAGACUUGUUGAAACAUGGUGGCCUGAUUUUGUGAACAGGAUAUUUCCAUCUGCAGUAGAAACGUCACCCAAAGAAGAAGCGAAAAGAAUGCGUAGGUUUUUCCCUCGAUUCUUGAAACCUGAGGCCUUGCAGAGUUAUAUAGGUACCAUGGAUAUGGUUACCAAAAGACACUUUGCCUCGGAGUGGGGAAACAAAGCAGAGGUGGUUGUCUUCCCUCUGGCAAAAAGCUACACAUUCGAGAUGGCUUGCCGCUUGUUUCUAAGUAUUGAAGAUCCCAGCCACAUAGCCAGAUUUUCCCACCCAUUCAACCAAAUAACCUCUGGUAUUUUUACCAUCCCCAUUGAUUUUCCUGGAACUCCAUUUAAUCGAGCCAUCAAGGCCUCAAAGUUAAUCAGAAUUGAGCUUUUGGCCAUUAUCAGGCAAAGAAAGAAGGAUCUUGCAGAAGGAAAGGCAUCCCCAACCCAGGACAUUUUGUCACACAUGCUGUUAAGCAAUGAUGCGGAUGGAAAGUACAUGAAUGAGGUGCAGAUUUCUGACAAGAUUCUUGCAUUAUUGAUGGGUGGACAUGAAAGCACUGCUGCUUCUUGUACUUUCAUUGUCAAAUAUCUUGCCGAGAUGCCUCAUAUCUAUGAAGCAGUUUACAAGGAGCAAGCUGAGAUCAUUAAAUCCAAAGCACCUGGUGAGUUGUUGAAUUGGGAUGACAUUCAAAAGAUGAAAUAUUCAUGGAAUGUAGCUUGUGAAACGUUGAGACUCUCACCACCGCUUAUUGGUAACUUCAAAGAAGCCAUCAAGGACUUCACAUUCAACGGGUUCUCCAUCCCGAAGGGCUGGAAGUUGUAUUGGAGUGCAAGCUCAACGCAUAAAAAUCCUGAAUACUUUUCUGAGCCUGAAAAGUUCGAUCCCAGUAGAUUUGAAGGGAAAGGACCAGCUCCUUACACGUUUAUUCCGUUUGGUGGAGGACCAAGGAUGUGCCCUGGAAAUGAAUAUGCUCGAUUAGAAAUUCUUGUUUUCAUGCAUAACUUGGUGAAGAGGUUCAAAUUUGAAAGAUUGAUUCUCGAUGAGAAGAUAGUAUUCGAUCCAACGCCAAAACCAGAAAUGGGACUUCCAGUUCGUCUGCUUCCUCACAAAGCUUGAAAUUAGAUGACGCAAAAUAUCGUCAUCAUGCUGGCCGGGAUGACCUCUUUUAAUUUUUCUUCUUCUUGUUAGUCUCCGUUUUUCUUUUUUCUUUUUUUUUUUUAAAAAGUCAUAAAUAAGAGCGUGUUUGACAGUGUGGUAAUGAUUACUUUUCAAA